AUGGCGCAGUAUACGAGCAAAUCUCGUCUAUCUCCACUCCUCUCUCCCCCCGCCGCCGCCGACGCCGGCAUGGGCAGCUACGCCUCCCACCCGCGCGCCCCGCUGCCCGACGAGCACCACCAGUCCCAAGCACAGUCGCCGACCCCCUCCCCUCCCCUCCCCUACAGUAACCCCCUCCCCCACGCCCCGAGCUCCAGCCCCCGCUGCCCCCCGAAUACCUUCGGGCGCGAGCUCGGGCGGGGCCAAUUCGGGGUCACCUACCUCGCCACCCACAAGGCCUCGGGCGCCAGGCGCGCCUGCAAGUCCAUCGCCGCCCGCAAGCUCGCCCACGCCUCCGAUGCCGAGGAUCUGCGCCGCGACGUGCAGAUCAUGCACCACCUCACAGGACACCGCAGCAUCGUCGAGCUGCACGGCUCCUACGAGGACCUCGCCAUGGAGCUCUGCGAGGGCGGCGAGCCGGUGCUACCGCUGCUGCCAGCGCGGCUCGGCAAAUCGGCGGAGGAGGACGUCCAGGCGGUGGAGGCGCGCAGGCCGGCGACUACGAGGGACCGCUCCCGCCACUCCUCCUGCCGGCGGAGCUUGAUUGCUUUUUGGUAG